AUGAAUGCGAGCCGGCUCGUUCACCGGCUUGCGUCCCAGGCCGGUCCUCGCUCAUGGACGACGUGCUGCCUCUGCCGAGGUCCACUGGCCCCUGUGACGCCGCCUCCAUCCGUCGUGGCGAGCCGAUUCUCGUCGAUCCGAGGCUCAGCGCGGGAGGGAUGUGGCAGCGGCAGCGGCAGCGGCAGCGGCAAUGGCAAUGGCAAUGCGCGCGGGGGCUCUAGGUCGGCAAGAGUGCUGCUGCUCUCUUCCGCCGGCGCGGCUGGCGUGGCAGGUACGGCGCUUGCUUUUACGGACGAAAUCAAGAACAGCUAUGAUUCUGUCGAGCGGACCGGAAGGGUGGUUGCGGCGCUGGCCAUGUGCAUAAACGACUACCGUACGACCCUGAAUGCCAUGGCGACCGCUGAAGACGCAGACGAGCAAAAGCCCGCUCUCAAGGCAUGUCACAAACGCUGUGCCGAAAGAACACUCAAGGUCAUGGAGAAGAAUGGCGGCAUCUUCAUCAAACUCGGACAACACUUGAGCGCCAUGAACUACCUCCUUCCUCCCGAGUGGACCACGACCUUUGUCCCCCUCCAGGACAAAUGCCCCGUCUCGUCGCUGCAUUCGAUUGAGGAAAUGUUUCGCAAGGACACCAACGAGGAUCUGUGGGACACCUUUUCCGACUUUUCGGACGAACCGAUCGGCGCGGCAUCGCUCGCUCAGGUCCAUCUCGCGACGUUGAAGGGCUCGGAUCGCAGGGUGGCCGUAAAGGUGCAGCAUCCCGACCUGGAGGCCUUUGCGCCCCUGGACCUCGCCCUCACAAAGUACACGUUCUCGACGCUGAAGCGCUUCUUCCCCGAAUACGACCUGGAGUGGCUCUCGUCCGAGAUGGAGGUGUCGCUGCCCAAGGAGCUCGACUUUGAACAAGAGGCCGCCAACGCUCGGCGGAUGAAGGCGCACUUUGCCAAGAUCCCCGAGCUGCCCCUCGUCAUCCCGGAGGUGGUCUGGGCCAAGAAGCGCAUCAUUGUCAUGGCGUGCGAAUCCGGCGCUCGGCCCGACGACCUCGAGUACCUCGACCGCAACGGCAUCGACCGCGACGAGGUCUCGGCCACGCUCGCGCGCAUCUUCAACGAGAUGAUCUUCGGCGACGGCGCCCCCCUGCACUGCGACCCGCACGGCGGCAACAUUGCCAUCCGCAAGAACGGCUCGCGCCGCGCCGCCGGCCACCGCCGGCCCAACUUCGACGUGAUCCUGUACGACCACGGCCUGUACCGCGACAUCCCGCUGCCCCUGCGCCGCUCCUACGCCAAGAUGUGGCUGGCCGUCAUUGACGGCGACAUGGCGCGCAUGAAGCGGUACGCGCGCGAGGUGGCCGACAUCAGCGACGCCGACUUCCCGCUCUUCGCGUCCGCCAUUACCGGCCGCGACUUCACCGUCGUCAGCAGGCAGGGCUCGAUCCUGCGGAGCCGCACGGCCGACGAGGAGCAGAGCAUCAGCUCGUCCCUGCAGGAGGGCCUGAUUGUCGACCUGGUCCAGAUGCUCAGCCGCGUCCCGCGCAUCAUCCUCCUCAUCCUCAAGACCAACGACCUGACGCGCAGCCUGGACGAGAACCUGCGCACGCGGCAGGGGCCCGUACGCAGCUUCCUCAUCCUCGCGCGCUACUGCGCCCGCACCGUCUUCCACGAGCAGCUGGACGAGGUCGGGCGCAGGGGCUCGCUCCUGCGGCCCCUGAACGCGCUGCGGCUGUUUUCCGCGUGGCUGGGCUACCUGCGUGUCGGGGCCAAGCUCGAGGCGUUUGAGCUCUGGCUCGGGGUCAAGCGCGCGUUGGGAUGGCGGGUGGAUUUUGCGAGCAGCGCGCCGUUGUAG